AUGGCGGCGGCUAAUAUCUUCUCACCGUUUUCUAUUAUUUUCGCUUUGGGUCUUCUCUUUGGAUUCACUCUCGCCGGAGAUCCUUUCGUCUCCUACGUGUUUGAAGUCACUUACAUCACUGCUUCUCCUCUCGGCGUUCCUCAACAGGUUAUAGCAGUCAAUGGAAAGUUCCCUGGCCCUGUGAUCUCUGCCACCACUAACUACAACGUCAAUGUUAGCGUAUUCAAUCGUUUAGAUGAGCCUCUCCUACUCACUUGGAAUGGGAUUGAGAUGCGUCGUAACUCGUGGCAAGACGGUGUUCUUGGUACUAACUGUCCCAUUCCUCCGCAGCGGAACUUCACUUAUAGCUUUCAAGUCAAAGAUCAGAUCGGAAGUUUUUUCUACUUCCCUUCACUUCACUUCCAGAGAGCUUCUGGUGGGCUUGGUCCAAUCAUUAUCAAUAACAGGGAUCUUAUUCCUCUCCCUUUCAAUAAGCCUGAUGGUGAAAUCAGCUUUAUGAUUGGUGAUUGGUAUACUCACAACCAUACAGCAUUAAGGAAUGUACUUGACUCUGGUGAAGAACUUGGGAUGCCGGAUGGUGUUCUCAUCAAUGGGAAGGGUCCUUACAAAUACAACAGCACUGUACCCGAUGGAAUUCAAUAUGAAACCAUUAAUGUUGAUCCAGGGAAAACAUACAGGAUCCGUGUCCACAAUGUUGGUGUGUCGACAUCCUUGAACUUCAGGAUUCAGAACCACAAAUUGCUCUUAGUUGAAACUGAAGGUCGCUACACUUCCCAAACAAACUUCACCGAUUUCGAUGUUCAUGUGGGACAGUCUUACUCUUUCUUGGUCACCAUGGACCAAAACGCCUCAAGCGACUACUACAUUGUGGCGAGUGCAAGAUUUGUGAAUGAAACAGAGUGGCAGAGAGUCACAGGUGUUGGCAUUCUUCAUUAUUCCAAUUCCAAAGGACAUGCCUCUGGUCCUCUGCCACUUCCAUCAACUGAUGUUUCGCACCCUUGGUCUGUCAUGAACCAACAAAGGGCCAUAAAGCAAAACACAUCUGCGAGUGGAGCUCGUCCAAAUCCGCAGGGAUCAUAUCACUAUGGACAGAUAAACAUCACAGACACAUACAUCUUGAGGAGUAUGCCUCCAACCAAAAUCAAUGGCUCACUUCGUGCUACGCUUAAUGGUGUUUCUUUUCUGAAUCCAACCACGCCCAUGACGCUUGCCGAUAAGCAUAGACUGAAAGGAGUUUAUAAGCUGGAUUUCCCAUCCAGACCUGUUGACAAUAAACCUCCACGUCUGGACAGUUCUAUCAUCAACGCAACAUACAAGGGCUUUAUUCAAGUUAUCUUCCAGAACAAUGACACCAAAGUCCAGAGCUUCCAUAUUGAUGGAUAUUCAUUCUACGUCGUUGCGAUGGACUUUGGUAACUGGACUGAAGAUAGAAAAGGUUCUUAUAACAACUGGGAUGCAAUAUCACGAAGCACGAUAGAGGUUUACCCAGGGGCAUGGACUGCUGUACUUAUUUCCCUGGAUAACGUUGGAGUUUGGAACAUCCGAGCAGAGAAUCUUGACAGAUGGUAUCUUGGUCAAGAAACAUACAUGCGAAUCAUAAACCCUGAGGAAAACGAUAAAACAGAAAUGGGUCAGCCCCAAAAUGCUCUUUAUUGUGGUGCUCUCAAGAGCUUGCAGAACGAACAACUCCGCAGCUCUGCCACAUCUAUACUAAAUGGACAGUUGAAUCUAAUUUUUACCCUCGUGAUGGUUUUGCUCGCCUCGGUCACAACAUUUUGCUGA